AUUCUUAGGUAUUAUGCAUGAUACGGACUAUUGAUAAUUAAUUCAGAGAUUAUGAUUACAAGAAUGUAUAAAUAGGUACUUGUGCUUUAUUAGAUAAUAAUUGAUAUUGACUAACAGUGUCUUUAUUGAAGAAAUAAUGUUAUUUAUAGUAUUAAUAGGUUUAUUUAGUUGCGCUCUGGCGGAGCCAACGGAAACCAGAGUGGUGGGCGGCUCCAGCGUCGCGAUUGAGGAAUAUCCUUUCAUUGCAGUCGUACAGCGAGUGUUCGAUGAAGUGUGGUGGGAACAAACUUGCGCCGGUACUCUUAUUACUCAAGUUGUUGUCCUGUCAGCUGCACAUUGUUUCGAAUCUGAACCUCCACAUCUAUGGCGUAUUCGUCUUGGAUCGCGUAUGGCUUCAAGUGGCGGGAGCUUACACACAGUGCAGCGGAUAGUUUUGCACCCUGACUUUCACUACUUAUACAAUGAUGUGGCGCUUGUUCGACUUUCGGUUCCUGCUGUGAUCUCAAGCACUGUAAACCGCGCACGUAUUGCAGGUGUCAACUACAACCUCGCUGAUGGAACUGUGGUGCGUGUAGCUGGAUGGGGAGCUAAUAUGUUUCGUGUAUCCUCCGAGAUAUUGUUAAGCGCGGAGAUAAGAAUAUUUAAUCAACAGCUCUGCGCUGAGCGUUGGGCUCACUUGAAGACCCAACCGGGCCAGGAAAGGUGGCCAGACAUAACCGAUGGCAUGAUCUGCGCUGGUAUAGAUGGUGUUGGUCAUUGUAGCGGUGAUUCUGGCGGCCCAGUAGUGCAUCAAAACGACAUCGUUAUCGGCAUUGUGUCAUUCACGUAUAUUUGCGGCCACCAUAAAUAUCCAGGAGUACAUGCUCGAGUAUCUUAUUACUCUGACUGGAUUGCAAACACUGCAAACUCACUAUAAUAUUUUUAUUAAAAAAAGAACAUAUGAAGAAACGUGACAUGAUCAUAGCACGGCAUCAAAAAAUAAAUGUAGAACAAAAAUA